UAGAAAGAUGGCUGCCACUGGUUCAUCUAAGACUAAAAGGGGUCAGAGAGAAAUUUGUGUGAAGGAAGAGUUUAAGAUCGCGGUGAAAAUUGCCCUUGAUAGAUUCCGAUUUGAAGAGAAACAAAAAGUCCUGGAGUUUCCUUCAUCAUUUACAUCAGUGGAGAGAGCCUAUGUGCACAGGUUGUGUCAGAAUUUGGGUUUAAAAUCAAAAAGCAACGGCAAUGGAAGCAAUAGAUUUCUAACAGUGUCAAAGAAAAUGGUUAGUGCUGCAACCUGUAGCACUGUUUUGAAACUCACCAGCAGUGCUUCACAUCAUAUUGAACAUUUACUCAAGAAAUAUCCUUUGAACAUUAAAGAGAGACAGGAACUACAGCCCAAAACCGAAAGGUCCACAGUUACCUUUGAUACAGGACGUGUUGGAAGAGAAAAUAGAGUUGUUGGCAAACUAAACAACAACACAGCUGCAGUGCCACCAGUAGUGAAAGAGAAUGAUUUCUUUUCAUUCCGCAAGUCUCUACCAGUUUUUGAGCUUCAGGAACAGAUCAUGAAGCUUAUAUCUGAAAACCAGGUUGUUCUUAUAUCUGGUGAAACAGGUUCAGGAAAAACAACACAGGUUCCACAGUUUAUACUGGAAGAGGCUUGUGCUCAUUCAACUCCUUGCCGAGUUGUUUGCACUCAGCCUCGACGCAUAUCAGCUUUGUCAGUGAGUGAAAGAGUUGCUAAUGAAAGAGGAGAAAGACUUGGACAGACUGUUGGUUACCAAAUUAGGCUGGAUAAUAGAAUAUCUCCAAAGACUUUGUUAACAUAUUGUACUACUGGUGUGCUGUUACGGACUUUGAUGUCUGGAGAUAAUUCACUAUCAUUUAUCACCCAUGUCAUAGUGGAUGAGGUUCAUGAGCGAGAUAGAUUUUCAGACUUCCUGCUAAUAGCUUUGAGGGACCUUUUAACAGUAAACAGAAGACUGAAGUUAAUUUUAAUGAGUGCUGCUUUAGAUAUCAACUUGUUUAUUGACUACUUUGGAAAAUGUCCAGUUAUUCAUGUUCCUGGUCGGUGCUUUGAUGUUCAAGCAUAUUUCUUGGAAGAUGUUCUUAAAAUGACAUCAUACUGUAACAAAGAAAUGGCAAAACAUUUGAAGCACAACCAAAUCAAAAAUGUUACAGGAGAAAAGCAUGGCAACAUGUCCCUGCCUACCAAGCAGGAAAUUUCAAAUGCAGUAAAUGAUGAGGAAGUUGAGGGUUCUCACAAAGAUAAUGAGACUGAAGGUGAAACUAAUGUCAGCACAGAAGAGCUGGGUCCUAUUUGUGCUGACAUAGAGGCAGAAGGGAUGUUUGGUGAAGAACUGCAGCCAUUAGAAGAUGUGGAACUUGAAGAUGAUUCUGUUCAAAAACUAGACAAAGAUUCUCGGGACAAAGACUAUCUUCCUGAAUUCCAGCUUGAUGAAGAACUUGGUGAUGGAGACAUGGAAGAGGGCAUCUUACUGGAAGAAGAGGAAGGUGUAAAUGAAGCAAAUGAUGAUGAAGAUGACGAGGAGGGAGAUGAUGUAGAUAUUGAGGAGAUUGAGGAUAAAGUUGAUGAUGGAGAUAUAAAAGAGUUGGAUGAAGCUGUGGAAGAAAUCAAACUACAAGAGGAUAAUUGUGAUAAUGCCUUGCAAGGUCUGGCAAAUGAUGAAAAUGAUAACCAAGAUGAGGAGAGUGACAGUGAGGAACAGUAUUUAAGGCAAGAAAUGGAUGACAGUAUUUCACAGGCAUGGCUAAAUGGUGAUGAGGACUCAUUUGUCCAGAUUCUUUACUUGAUCAUGCAUGAAAACAUCAGCGUUGACUAUCAACACUCAGACACUCAGGCCACUGCCCUGAUGGUAGCAUCAGGUCGAGGCUGUGCGGGUGUGGUUGAACAGUUGCUGGGUUUAGGAGCCAAUCCUCACAUCAAAGAACCCAAGAAGGGCUGGACUGCAAUAGAUUGGGCCAAGAAAUGGGAACACAGUGAUGUUGUCAAAAUUCUUGAAUCGUCUUUGUCAUCGCCUAAAGUUCCAUAUGUGGAAGAAACAGCUUUAGAAAGGGAAUCUAAGGAAUUAAGUGAAGAAAGCAAAGAACUUCUUGGUAUUUACCACAAGACAUUUGAUGAUGAUCGGGUUGACCUUGACUUAAUCACGUGUUUACUGACACAUAUCUGCAACACCCAGCAAGAAGGUUCCAUAUUGGUAUUCCUUCCUGGUUAUGAUGAAAUUAUCACUCUCCGUGACAAUUUGACAGCUGAUAGGGAAUUUGGAAAUAUCUGAAGGUAUCAGAUUUAUAUCCUACAUUCUUCCAUGCAACCCUCAGAACAAAGAGAGGUUUUCAGAAAACUGCAUCAAUCUACGAGAAAGAUUAUUCUUUCAACAAAUAUAGCAGAGACCAGUGUCACCAUCGAUGAUGUUGUGUUUGUGAUUGACAGUGGAAAGGUGAAAGAGAAAUCUUUUGAUGCACUGACAUCAGUUUCUUCACUUCAAUCGGUAUGGGUGUCCAAAGCAAGUGCAAUUCAGAGGAAGGGAAGGGCUGGGAGAUGUUCCCCUGGUAUUUGUUACCAUUUGUUCAGCCGAGUUCGACAUGAUAGCUUCUUAGAAUACCAGAUCCCAGAAUUAUUAAGAAUACCUCUGCAGGAAUUAUGUCUUCACACAAAACUGUUAGCAUCACCAAACACAUCAAUAAGUGAUUUCUUGUCUAAAGCUCCCGAGGCUCCCCCUGCUUUGGUUCUUAGAAAUGCUGUUGCCCUUCUUAAGACUAUAGACGCUUUGGAUCAAUGGGAAGACUUGACUGACCUCGGUCGUCACCUUGCUGACCUACCCCUCAGUCCACAGCUGGGGAAGAUGAUCCUGUAUUCAGUUGUGCUGAAGUGUGUGGAUCCAGUGGUGACCAUCGCCUGUGCCCUUGCCUACAGGGAUCCUUUCAUCCUUCCCAUGUACCCGUCAGAAAAGAAAGCAGCAGCUACAGCCAGGAAAAGAUUCGUCUUAGAUCCAUUCAGCGAUCACUUGGUGUUUGUGCAAGCGUUCAGAGGCUGGCAACGAGCUCGAUCUGAAGGUGACGACAUAAAAUUCUGUCGGAGGAACUACUUGUCUCAAGCUACCUUGGAAAUUAUGGCUGGUAUGAGAGCACAGGUUCUUGGACAAUUGAAAUUUGCCGGUUUUAUUCGCCCUCGUGGAGCAGGAGACAUCAGGGACUUGAAUUCCAACUCAAACAACUGGGCUGUUGUCAAGGCGGCCCUCUGUGCUGGAACAUUUCCGCAGGUGGCCCGGGUGGAUAGAAGCGCAAAAAAACUCACAACACAGAAAGAGAGUAAAGUUCGAUUUCACAAUUCCUCCAUAUUGUACCAGUCUCCAACAAACGGAGACUCCAUGUUCACCGCUCAAACUAAGGCCAUCAACAAACUUCCCUCUGAUUGGAUAAUUUACGAAGAAAUGUCAAGGUUGUACACAACAGUGACCGUUAAAUGCUGCACACUGGUGUCCCCUGUAACAAUAGCACUCUUUACUGGACCAAGCCUGUCUUCCGAGCAUGUUACCCAGGACCCCUCUGCUGCACGUGACAGUGAGAGGUACCUUGGAGAUGGACGAGUGCAAGAGAGUGAAAGCAGUGAUAGCGAAACAGAGGAAACAUCAGGAAGGAAAGAAAAAAAUAGUGCUCUGUUUAACGUGGAUGAGUGGAUUGCGCUGUCUGCUAGUCAAGAGGUUGUAAACCACGUUUCAUAUUUGCAUCACAAGUUACAAGCGCUGUUUAUUCGAAGGAUUCGUUCACCUUCCAGACCAUGGUCACAAGUGGACGAGAUGGUUGUCCGUGCAGUAGCUGCAGUUUUAACAGCUGAAGAACAAGCCAUGAAUCCUUCACUGCAUCCUCGUCAAAGACGAACACGACCAGGAUUUGAAAGUGGAUCUGACUCAAGAUCCCCAAGGCCUCGCUCGGGUGAGCAGUUCUCCCCGUCCAGAGAUCGCCCACGUGAUUCCUCUGGAUCAAGUCCACGCGUAAAAAGUGAGAUACCGUCCUCCUCACUGAGCGGAAACAAAGUUUCAAAUGAUAGUUGGUCCCCAAGGGCUUCUCAGCAGUCUGAGAAAUCAAGUGAAGCUCGAUACUUUAUCAUGAAGUGCAACAACCAGAGAAAUUUGGAUAUAUCGAUGGCUAAGGGCAUCUGGGCAACAACAUUGGCCAAUGAAAAGAAACUGAACAAAGCUUUCAAGGAAUCCAAGCAUGUUAUGCUGGUCUUCUCAGUGCAAGGAAGUGGCCACUUUCAAGGUUACGCACAGAUGACGUCACCCAUUGGCAAAGACAAGUCCCCAGAGUUCGGUUCAAGUUCGCUGAGCGGUGUGUUUAGUGUCGAAUGGAUGAAAAAAGCCAGUAUUCCAUUCCAACAAGCUCACCACCUUGUCAACCCGUGGAAUGAUCACAAAAAGGUUCAGAUUAGUCGGGAUGGACAGGAGCUGGAACCUAAAAUAGGCGAAGAGCUCUGCAUGCUAUGGGACGCUGACCAAUCUGGCGGGAACGGACGAACCCCGAGAUCUACAAACAACACGAGUAGACGUGGCAAGCCUUCUGGACCCGCCCAAGGCGAUCCCCACGCUGCCACUGGUCAGUGGCAGGGUGCACAGUACACUGCUAUGCAACAAGUGUACGCUACCCACACCCCCUCCAUGCCAAUUCCUGUUCCCAUUCCUUCCGCGCACUCCCGACAUACCAUCGCUGCACCGUAUCCUCGACCUCAAGUUGUGGCAGCCCAGCCUAUGGCUGUUCACCCCCAUCCCACCGUCCCUUUCGGUGCUCACGCAAUGGCACUGCAGUCUCAGUUCCGUCCAACAGCGGCUCCAAGGUUUCCUGGAGCAGUUGUUCAGGCGCCCCACAUAAGGACAAUGGGUGCACCACCACGUGCAUCAAGAGGCUCGUAUCAUUCUCCGAGAAAGUGAUGGAGUGAGGAAAAUCCCAACCUGAGGAUUGGAAUGGAUAUUGAUGUCAUCGUAUGAACCAAUUUGAGUACAAGCCUCAUAUUGGUGGGUGCUAAGAAAAAAAAUAAGCCUCUACUUUCAGGACAACAUUGCUGCACCAUUAUUACAGAUAUUCCAGACCGAUUUGUUCAUACCAUUUAUUCAAUUUCUUUUCUGCGAUUCACCAUGUUUGUCACAAUCCUCGACAUAUUUGAGAGCAGUGAUAUUCAUCGUGUUAGUGAUAAUGAGAGUAAGGAAUCUACAGAAGCAUACUAUUGUUUGGUAUCCUUUAUUAACUUAUUCCAAAACUUUACUGAUUGACCAACCCUGGCCUGUCAAGGAAAAAUCGUAGGAAGAACGCCUUAUAUUGGAUCAACCUAAUUUUCUGCUAUUAGGCUUCUUUUCUCCAUACGAGCUUUUGCUUUUAACGCGCGUCUGUGCAGGAGGGUUCUGAGAAUAAACUUGUAACUUGAAAUGGGCGACGUGCAAAUUUAGGGUCACCGCUGAGCAGACGUUGCAUUGUCGUUCUAAACGUUGUUUGAAAAGCAUCGAUUAAAGAAAAACUCAAAGAUAAUAGGUUAUACAGUCUCCAGAGUAGCUAAGAGAAGGAAUAUUUUAUAGAGGAUUUAGUUAGCAAACAUUUUUAUCUUAACAAGAACAUUAGAACAGUCUUACAAUUUACUUGUAAUUGUUUUCGCUCUUGUUAUCAUAGUGAUACAUAAUAAUUUGAGGGGGAAGGGGUGUAUUUAUGAACUUCAGAAGUACGUCAUGAUUCUUUAUAUCACAAUUUGUUUUCGUACCAUACAUAUUGGUCCUCGGGCCAUUAUUCCAAAGUACGGUCCUCACGCUAGGUUGGUUAGUGGAAUAGAUAUCCUUAAAAUAAGACAACUUGUUUUCGUUUUUAAAAUUACUUUCUUCGCUUAUAAUUGCCCUUUCGACAUUGUUUACUUAGAUACUUCUGAGCAGAUUUUAUUUGUUAUAGCAUAGUUCCGCAAUAAGCUUUGAGAGAAAUAUAAUCAGUUGACGGCUAAGGUAAGACAAAGAAUUAGUACGGUUAUUACUGGAUUUUAGUUCUGCUAUUAGUUAAUUUACAACUGUUGCAUAUGUGCGUGGAUGCGUGUUAAAAGUGAACAUUAAAUAAACGCUUCUCACUGAUAUGAAA